CAUAAUACCUGACAGGGCUGUCUGUAGAGCUCUGUGCAGAAGAGUCUGUUUCGAGGACUGAGCCCAAGCGGGAAGGCAGCGCAGAGCCAUGCCCCUCAUCCUGGAGUUUCUCCUGCUGGUGGGCAUCAUCGUGUACUCCUACCUGGAGUCACUCGUAAAGCUCUUCCUUCCCCGGAGAAGGAAAUCUGUGGCCGGACAGAUUGUUCUCAUCACCGGGGCCGGACACGGAAUCGGCAGGCUGACUGCUUAUGAGUUUGCAAAGCGGAACAGCAGGCUGGUCCUGUGGGACAUUAAUAAGCGAGGUGUUGAAGGAACUGCAGCUGAAUGCAGGAAGCUGGGGGCCACUGUGCAUGCCUUCGUGGUGGACUGCAGCAACCGGGCCGAGAUUUACAACGCUGUGGAUCAGGUAAAGAAAGAAGUGGGUGAUGUGGAAAUCGUGGUAAAUAAUGCCGGCGCGAUAUACCCAGCCGACCUUCUCAGUGCCAAGGACGAAGAGAUCACCAAAACCUUCGAGGUCAACAUCCUAGGACACUUUUGGAUCAUAAAAGCACUUCUUCCAUCAAUGCUAAGAAGAAACUCUGGCCACAUCGUCACUGUGGCUUCAGUGUGUGGCCACGGAGUGAUUCCUUAUCUCAUCCCAUACUGCUCAAGCAAGUUUGCUGCCGUGGGCUUCCACAGAGCGCUGACUGCAGAACUUGACACCUUGGGGAAAACCGGUAUCAGAACCUCGUGCCUCUGCCCUGUGUUCGUAAACACCGGCUUCACCAAAAACCCUAGUACAAGGUUGUGGCCCGUGUUAGAGACCGAUGAAGUUGCGAGGAGGCUGAUAGACGGAAUCCUUACCAACAAGAAAAUGAUCUUCGUUCCGUCCUAUAUCAACAUUUCUCUAAUACUGGAAAAGUAAGUACAGCGCAGAAGCCUGAAAUGCUAAGA